GCGCGGUAGGUCUGUGGGAGCGAGACGGUGCCGGUCGCGAUCAUGUGUGGGUUCAAAGCGCUGAAGGCCUCCGGGGUCGUCGUGGCCGUGUUUGCCGUCCUAGGGUCCCUGGGCACUGAAGGCUUUUUCGCUUGGAAGGUUUACGAGGUGAACAACCAGUGCGCCAACAACGUGUCUGUUUGCAAUCAUGAGGACUUGGAAGUCCGAUCGUACAUUGGCUUAGCAGAAGGUAUUUUGGGGACGGCGGUGUCCGUAUGCUUCGCCAUUGGCUUCGGUGCUCCCUCCGUUGCCCUUAUAUGGCUGUGGGAGGCCUGGGCGCUGGGAAUCUCGGGCUAUAAUUCGUAUUGUAUCUAUGACUUCCACCAGAACAUCAUUGGGAACCAAACGACCUUUCCUUGGGACACGGUUGUUGAUGACGACUACGGAUAUUUCUUCAUCGAGGCUAUCUGUUCCGUUUCUCUGCAUCUUCUCAUCGUCAUUAUCUCUGUUCCCUUGGGUUUCGCACUCUCUCGCAUGUACUGGAAGGGGAACAUCGCAAGCUACAGUGUGUACAACUGGGACAACGAUGCUUUCGAGAUGGACUAGAGGCAACGCUGCUUCGAGUGGGGGGGGGGGUCAUGGGCCCUGUUCCUGUCUAGUCCGAGAGCAGGUUCAUCAUUUCAUUUGAAGGAGUGAUUUACAUUAUACUCAUAAAUAUUUAAUCACGUGUGCGGAUGUACACACACACGUAUGUGUAUGCCUGACAUUUUUUUUUUAGCAUCUGUUUAUUUUCUGUUCCUGUCUGUCUGUCUGUCUGUCUGUCUGUCUGUCUCUGU